AUGGCAAAUCCACCAACUGGCAAGAGUAAUGGUACGUUUGUUACUAAUGACAUUGCUUUCUCUGUUCUCUCCAAGCUUCCUCUUAAAUCUAUCAAGCGAUUUUCUUCUGCUUGCAAAUCUUGGUUGUAUUUGCGUUCUGGUGACAAUUUUCAGGAUGAAAAAGAAUUGGAUAUGAAUCUGCCAUCUGCAUUUGAUGCUAGGCAUUUUCAUAUUUUAGGUUCUGCUAUUCAGGGUGUUCUUUGUCUCUAUAUUGUUGGCAAUCAGAAAAAUAUAAUCUUGUGGAACCCUGAUGUUAGUGGUCAAUAUAGAGUCCUUCCUACUGACUAUGCCGAGGACCUAGGGUCUCGAGACGAAGACUUCGUCCCUAAUUUUCAGGUUCAUGGAUUUGGUUAUGACGCUGCUAAUCAUGAUUUCAAGGUCAUUCAACUUGUGAAGUACUUUGGCUAUCAUGAAACCAUCUCCUUUUGGCAAGUGUAUUGUCUCCGCAGUAACACGUGGACAAAACUUAACAUACCUAGUGGUAAUCAGAUUCCAUUUCAUCAGUAUUACCCUAAUGGUUUGGAGGUUUACUUGGAUGGUUUUUGCCAUUGGUUGGGCAGAGUCGCAUAUGGUCAACUUUAUCUCGUGUCAUUCAACUUGACCAAUUAUAAGUUUUCAGUUGCAGCUGCACCUGUCGAUGUAGGUGUAACUGAACAGUCUUUGAAAUUGGUGGUGUUAAAUGGGUCUGUUGCUAUGAUCAACCAACAUGCUGAUCCUAUGUCUUUUAGCAUAUCAAUUUUGGGUAAAAUUGGUGUCAAAGAAUCAUGGACAAAACUUUUCAAUGUUGCAUCUUUGCCUUCUUUUAAGGAUCCUAUCUCAGCUGGGAAGAAGGGUGUUAUAUUCUUCAAAGGAGAUGAAAACAAUGGUAGAGUAGCUUGUUUUGAUUUAACUACCAGGAUGAUUGAGAAGGAAAUUGAUUUUGGAGCAAAAAAGAAUAUUCAGCAAAUCGUAUUUUACAAGAACAGAAAGAACACCGGUCGUCAUUGA